GCGCGGAUCGCGGAGUGUCGCCGGCGGGGACGGCCGCCCGGGGCGGCGGCAGCGGCGGCGGCGUGCGGGCUCGCGGACCCCGUCUCUCCGGCUCUCCCGAGCCGAGGACGUAGCGGCGGGCGCCUCCCGGGCCAGCCUCUCCCCGCGCUGCCAGCCGGCCCCGGCGCCGAGGGCGCGGCGACGCUCGGCCACCAUGGGCUGCACCCUGAGCGCCGAGGACAAGGCGGCCGUGGAGCGCAGCAAGAUGAUCGACCGCAACCUCCGGGAGGACGGCGAGAAGGCGGCGCGCGAGGUCAAGCUGCUGCUGCUGGGUGCUGGUGAAUCUGGAAAAAGUACCAUUGUGAAACAGAUGAAAAUUAUCCACGAGGCUGGUUACUCAGAAGAGGAGUGUAAGCAGUAUAAGGCCGUGGUCUACAGCAACACCAUCCAGUCCAUCAUUGCCAUCAUUAGGGCCAUGGGAAGGUUGAAAAUAGACUUCGGAGACUCUGCUCGGGCGGAUGAUGCUCGCCAACUCUUUGUGCUUGCUGGGGCUGCAGAAGAAGGUUUUAUGACUGCAGAGCUUGCUGGUGUCAUAAAGAGAUUAUGGAAAGACAGUGGCGUGCAAGCCUGCUUCAACAGAUCCCGGGAGUACCAGCUGAACGAUUCUGCUGCAUAUUAUUUGAAUGACUUGGACAGAAUAGCACAACCAAAUUACAUCCCAACUCAGCAAGAUGUUCUCAGAACCAGGGUGAAAACGACAGGAAUUGUGGAAACCCAUUUUACUUUCAAGGAUCUUCAUUUUAAAAUGUUCGAUGUGGGCGGUCAGAGGUCAGAACGGAAGAAGUGGAUUCACUGCUUUGAAGGAGUGACCGCCAUCAUCUUCUGUGUGGCCCUGAGUGACUAUGACCUGGUUUUAGCUGAAGAUGAAGAAAUGAAUCGGAUGCAUGAAAGCAUGAAAUUGUUCGACAGUAUAUGUAACAACAAAUGGUUUACGGAUACAUCUAUUAUACUUUUUCUAAACAAGAAGGACCUCUUUGAAGAAAAAAUCAAAAAGAGUCCUCUCACGAUAUGCUAUCCAGAAUAUGCAGGAUCAAACACAUACGAAGAGGCAGCCGCGUAUAUUCAGUGUCAAUUUGAAGACCUCAAUAAAAGAAAGGACACAAAGGAGAUCUACACCCACUUCACGUGUGCCACAGACACAAAGAAUGUGCAGUUCGUGUUUGAUGCUGUCACAGACGUCAUCAUAAAAAAUAAUCUAAAAGAUUGUGGUCUCUUCUAAGUUUUGCAGUUGGUAGUAAAAAAAAAAAUGCAUUUUCAAACCAAAUGAGUACUUAUAUAUGGAUCUCUCUAGACUAGAGUCUCCCAGCAACACAGAAUGUAGUCUACAGCAAAUGCAUCCUGGACCUGACCAAAGCUGUUCUGUCCUCUGUUUUUACCUGAACGUAAUAGAAGGACCUUUCUCAAAGGUGAAAGAUGGUCCUGUAAUGUGAAAGUGAAGUGUAAUGUUGAAGCUGGGCUCUAGUGUACUGGUGAUUUCUGUGUACGUGUAAAUAUGCAAACGUAAGAUGUAUUUAUAACUUUUGAUUUCCCACAUUAUGUUUAGGUUGUAAGAGUGGCAACUUAUGAUUCCAGUGUGAUGGCUUUAGAAAUAACAUAAAUAUUAAGUACCUUGAACUGAAUGACAGAGUAGUUCUUUGCCAGUUUUAAAGAGCUUUGUUUAUGUUCAUGUCCUAUAAAUUUUAGGUACCAUAAUUAAUAUUAGGAGACAUCACGGCCCUUACCUUGAGUUUAUGUAUACUUGUAUUCAUAAAAUAUUAUUUGUACAAACAUUGCACAGACUAUUUUAAUAACAUGAUUUGUUCCCUAAAAUUUAUGUGUUUCAUGGGGAUGUUCCUGCAGAGGUUGGGCACACCUGCCUUUGGAUCAAUUAUUUAAGCAUUGUGUGCAUUAAAAUUUUCUUUACAGAGUGCAUGAUGUUCCAAGUCUACACUAGAUUUGUUUUAAGAAACUAAAAUUCCAGUUUUUGAGGACAUGGGAUCUUAGACUUAAAAACACUUCACUUUUAUUCCAUUACUUCAUUUCAAUUUGAAUCUUAGUAUCUGGAUGGCAUUUCUGUUUUACCUUCAGGUGAUGCCAGCUUAAUUUUAUAUACUUAAAUAACCACAGUUUUAUUUAUAAUGAAGUUUAGGUGAAUGAUGAAAGCAUUUUUGUGGAUAAAAUUUUUUUAGUAUGUGAAUUUUGAGGCAUUCACUUAUGUAUUUUCUUUGAGAAAUCCCUUGUAUUUAAGCAUACAUAAGAGUUCCUUGUUUGUUAAAUGACCGGAAAAAUACUCUAUUGCUGAUAUUGUCCAAGCUUUUGAUUCAUAUGUAACUAGUUUCAAGUUCAAUCCCUUAAGUCAAAAAUUACUUCUUUUCCCUUAGAUAUCCAAAUUCCUUCCACUUGCUUGAAUUCCUAUUUCUUUUAAAGGUGUACUAUGAUUUCUGACAUUAAGUGGUUAUACUUAGAAAUUGAAUAAUAGCAUUUAACAAGACCAGUGAGUGGACACGUGCUUAAAUAGGUGUUACACAACAGCUACAUCCUGAACUAUGUUAGUUAUGGCCAUUUUUCUUUUAAUCAUUUACUGUGUGUCUUUGUGUCCUUGUUCCAGCAAAAUGAAUAGCAUUCCCCAGCACCUUGCCCAUUUUGACUCAUCCCAUAAAGUUAAGUCUUUCCAUAGCUUUGCCUGUGAGUAGUUUCUCACUUGAGUUAGAUAUUACCAUUUCCUUAGAGUCUCCUUCUUCAAGUUUGUGCAUAUGUAAGUGUAUGGAGAAUUGUAAACUACAUUCACAUUUAUUUUGGGGGGAAUUUGUUUUCUUCUUUGUAAUGUAAAAAAAGUCAAAGUUAACAAAAUUCCUUAAGUGUUAGUUUAGAUUAUUUUAUGUGCCUUUCAUGAAAGAUAGAUACAUUUCCAUUCAUUUUACCAAUGGAAGACCUGUCAGACCCACAUUGUGAAGCUAUGUAUGAAAUUCAACUAUAAUCUGAAUAAAUUCGAAUGGUGGAAAAUAGGGUUUAAAAGCCACAAAGAAGCACAUAUUGGUGAAUUCCUGAACUCUUCUCUGUGUAACUGUGCUACUAAUUCAUCCCAAUAAAUUUAAAUUUUUAAAAUUUUACAAA